UUGCAAGGAGGUCUGCACUUGGUGGAAGAGGCUUUUUGUAUUUGCACUGAUGCUGUAUUUAACAUCAAGGCCUGUGAUAGAAAGGCUGCAGUUAAUUCCUGUGUAGAUUGGGAGCUGGUGCUGGCUGUGGUCAGCAGUUUGCCCCAUGAACAACUGGGACAGAGAUCCGCUUUCUACGAUUAAACCACCUCAGAAAACGUUUAGAAGUGAAGACCAGUCCAUAUUGUUGGUGGUGUGCUGUGCAGCGACACGCUGCAUGGUAUGGAAACACUCUGAGGACCUGUCCUUAAAUUCAAAAUUGGACAGAAAUGCCUGUCAAUAUUCAUUGAUCUGUAGACCUCUGCUGUCAGACUUUGAUCUGCUAGAAACUUCAUACCAAGUGGCCAGCCUCUCUCCAUUUAAGAGUUUGACAGCAACCAGAGAUUGAUCUUCGUUGUUGUGUCUGUGUUAACAGAAUGAAUGGACCUCCUCCGAGCCCUCAUGGCCACCUGAACCCCUUCUACUACAUGUCUCAGAGAAUGCAAGAUGUGACCGGUGAUGGUGGUGUCCUGAAGGAGAUUCUCCGACCUGGCUCAGGCAGUGUUAUCCCAUCGACUGCCUCCGUGUCUGUUCACUACAGUGCCUAUAGUGAAUAUACAGACAAACCCUUCGAUUCCAAUGUGCAGAGGGAUGUGCCAAGGUUCAUGAAGCUUGGUCGAGAUAUCACCCUGCUCGGUAUGGAGCUGGCCAUCCAGACCAUGAGGAAGGGUGAAUUCGCCAGGUUUCUGUUCAAGCCUCAGUAUGCGUAUGGCCAGAUGGGCUGUCCCCCACGAAUCCCAGCAAAUGCCACAGUCAUGUUCGAAUUGGAGAUCCUGCAUUUUGUGGACACCAUGGAGUCUGAUGAAUACUUCAUGCUGUCGCAGGAAGAGCAGAUUACUUAUCCUGUGGAGAAACUUCUGAAAGUGGCCAGCACAGAGCGGGAGUUUGGGAAUUAUUUCUUCCAACUGCGGCGGUAUGAGGAUGCGAAGGACCAGUAUAAGAAGGUCUCCUCUGACAAUUCUGGACAAUUUAAUAGAGGAGUGGGACCGGUUUGCAAAGAGAAGACAGUCAAUCUAAAACCUACAAAUGUUUUAAAAAGAAAUGCACAUUUCAAUUUGUUAAAAUGUUUCUCAAUACUGAAGUUAAUUGGUUUCUGUAAAUCUCACAUACUUGAGUUAACACCCUUCUUUGUGACCAUUUAUACUUCCUGAGACCAAGUAUGGGAGUCAGUGAUAGCUGCUGACACCAGACUCUUCACAUACACUGCUCCACAUCUCCUUCGGAAACUCUUGAGAUUAAUGGUUCAUUACCAAGUAGUAAAAACAGGUAAAAUUUCUUGGAAAAGUUGUUACAGUGAGCGAUAUUGAACAUUCCUAGCUCAGGCCAUGACAACUUUAAUGGAAUGAAAGCAGAAAUUGCUGGAGACCCUCAGCAGGUCUGGUGGUAAUUAUGGGGUGAAAGCAGAAUUAAUGUCUUCAGAACAGACAAAGGCCACUGGACCUGAAAUAUCAACUCUGCUUCCUCACCACAGUCACUGCCAGACCUGCUGACGUUCUCCAGCAGUUUCUGUUUUAAUUUGAGAUUUCCAGCUUCUGUAGUUCUUUGUUUACCACUUUAAUGAAAUUUGAUUUAAAAGCUCAAAGACGGCCGCUUUUUCAAUUUGAGAAGUAUUUGCUGAUGGCACAAACAGACUUCAGUUCCCACACUGGUCGAGAGGCAUCGGUCACACAGUGAAAGAAUGACUCAACCUGAACUGGCAGUCCCUUUUCUGUGUAUAUUCCAUUGCCGAGAGCUUUGUUUAAUUUUGAUUUAAAUAAAUGGUUUGGUUACUUGAAGUUGUCUAGCCUUUGCAAAGCUUCAAUUAAAUGGAUAAAAUACGCACAGCUUGGAGUCUGUAUAAUUGCCUGUGCAUGUGAACUGGCUCAUGUUAUGAGAAUGGAACUCACUGGCUUUGCUAUUUACCAAUAAGCCUUUUUAUUUUUCCACCUUGAUUCUGUUUUAUAACGAUAUACAAAGUACAGUUCUUGCUCAGCAGAUUGUCCUUCAUUUUUAAGCAGAAUCUCCAUACCUUAAAGGAAAGUGUGGACGUAGUCCAAAGCUGUUUCUGCCUGGGACUGGCUCAUAACUAGAGCAACUGCCUGCCAUUCGUGAUCCCACCGUGCUCUUGUAUCUGCCUUUUUUCAUUACCUGCUGUCCAAGUCAGUUUGCCUGGCUUUAUACAUGAACUUAAAUACCUCUCUGUCCA